GUGACCUCGCAGAUGGCAUCGUCUCAAACGCAACUUCGUUAUUCGACAGCGAGUCGUUGCAAAAACUUGAGACAUUGUACGACCUGUCCAAGAAGGGUGCCCUCGGUGAGGCCCUUUUCCCACGUCAGAGUUCGUCAAGCGAUUUAGGUGUCGCUCCGGGAGAGAUGAUGUCGCCAUCUUCCCAGUCGAAGAAUAAAGCUGGGACUAUCUUCACAGCUGGAAACAACAAGGCGACGGGAGCUGCCACAUAUCUUCACGAGAAACUACAUAUGUGUGCAGGCUUUCUAGAAGCCGAUCAAGCCGAUCAAGGAGAUGUGGAUCAAGCAUUGGCUUUGGCACACACUCAUGAAGAUGAAGUGGAAGCUCCAACAGUUUUUGCUUGCCUUUCGAACGCGAAGAUCCCCACUGCAAGCACAAAACCAGAAGAUAUUGACAUUGCGCACUCGUUCCUAGAACUCAGUGGCAGCUGUUUUUCCGCAUGCCCUUCUCUCUUAGCGCGGUGCGCUGGCCGUCCAACCACAAGCCAGAUUCCUAACGAAAAUGAUGUGGAGAGUUUUCUCGGACUCUCAAGCUCAACUUCUGGAGUUAAAGGGAAUCGUCAAAUUGUGCCUUCGGCAGCAACUAACGGGACGGCAAGCACUGCCGCCACGAGUAGUGGAUACAGUGGCUUUUUUUCAUCUUUGAAAAAUCCUUUUCGAGGUGGAAGCAAUGGCACAACUUCUACAAACGGAAAACAACAAGCUACUACUACAGCAUCAGCGAAUGGUGCGUCAACAGUAACGUCAGCACAAACUGGACCUCCCUCGAGUCAGGUACUACC